UCACUUAUCUGCCAUUUUGUAUCUAUAUAGCCUGUCAGACGGACUUGGUCAACGACGAAUAAGGAAGCAAAUAUGCGUUUAUCCACUACAUCUGUCGUUUGCGCAUUUAAAUAAAGCACAUUACAGAUUGACUUGUUAAGAUAUCUAGACUUUAGACGCAGUCUGCUGACUGCUCUUCUUGUAUCUUCGUGUGAUCUUGUUUACGUUUAGCCUUAGCAGGAAAGCUAACGGAGUUAACAACUUAGCUUAGCUAGCUACCAACGUUAGCUAAGCGUUAGCUUUCCAACGCUAACCAGAGACUGUGCCGAAAUGGCGGCCAACACGAAACAAACAACCCCUUCAACAAACUGGUCCUUUGGUGGUACUGGAGAUGGCCAGGUUCACGAAAACCCAGAAUGGGAGAAGGCAAGACAAGCACUAGCGUCCAUUAACAAGAGUCAGAGCGCUGCUAAGAAUGCACAAGCCAGCCGGACAGCCACAGCAGAGGCCGGUCAGUUUCAGCCAGCAGUGACUGACUCAGCUGCCAUUCAGCAGCCGCAGCAGCCACUGCCGCCACAGCAGCAGUACUAUCCAUGGUACCAGCAGACUCAGCAGCAUUACCCUGGAUACAACUACCCCUAUAAUUACUACUACCCCAUGGCUCCAUAUGGAGCUGCAUAUCCAACAAAUCAGUAUGGUACACCCGCAGGGCCUUACCCAGGAGCUCCUACCCCUAACGGACAGCCUCCUCCAGUGCCUGGAAUGGAAGACCAGUCCCCCGGCUACCCACCUCAACCUCCCCCCCCUUCCACUCCCCAACCCCCCCAGAGCCCUACCACAUCCGACAAACCCCCUCCUCCUCCACUUCCAUCUAUUCCUCCCCCAUCCAACUCGCAGUACCCCCCUCCUCCAUCACAAAAUGCCUAUGGUGGCAAUAGCUCCAUGCAAUACCCACCUGGUGACCCCAACCAAAUGCAAGUUUACAAUCAUUCCCAGGGUAGGCCCAACUAUGGACAGAGCUUCCAAGCCCAGAACUCCUAUCAGCCCCCUCAGAAUAACUCCAAGCAGCAGCAGCAGCAACAACAACAACAACAACAACAGCAGCAGCAGCAGCAGCAGCAGCAGCAGCAGCAGCAACCAGGCCAGUAUGCACCUGGGCUUGGCCGAGGAGAGGCGAACAAAAACAAAAACCAAAAACAAGGACACCAGCUGUGGCACCGCAUGAAACAGGCACCUGGUUCAUCUGCUUUGAAGUUCAAUAUUAACAAGAGCCAUUAUCAGGUUCAGUGUUCUCCAAUUUCCAAUCAGUCUUUCCCUCCAGGCGAGCAGCCCUCAGGAUUAAAUCCUACUCCUUCCUCCCUGGCUUCUGCUAGUUCCCCACCUGGAGGAGCUCAGAUGCGACCCCAGGACUGGCCCCAAGCCAUGAAGGAAUAUGUGCAGCGCUGCUUUACAGCCUGUGAGUCAGAGGAAGACAAGGACCGUACAGAGAAGGUGCUGAAGGAAGUUCUGCAGGACCGGCUGAAGGACGGCUCUGCCUACACCAUCGACUGGACGCAUGAGCCAUUGCCAGAACUCAAGGCCAAGCCGUCUCGUUGGGAAGCUAUUGCAUCCCAGAGGACAGCAGAUGGCUCCGUUAGCCGUGGCGGAAGUACAGUGGCUGCAUCUUCAAGAGGCAGGGGUGGUGCCCACCGAUUGGGCCACUACAGGAAUAUAUUUUCUCAGAGGAGUCCGUCUUCUAGUUCCUCACAUUCAUCCUCUCGCUCCCCAUCCCCCUCCCAUGACCGACACAGGGACCGUAGCAACCAGAGGCACAGACGCAGUGACUCUGGCUCGCAGUCAGACAGCAGCAUCUCCAGUGACCUCCGACCUCAGCUGUCGCGACGAAGAGGUGGACGUGGUCGAGGUAAUGACAGGGAACGGGGCCGUGGAGGAGGGGAGAGAGGACGAGGAAGAGGAGGAAAAGCAAAUAGAGGACGCAGGAAUAUGGAAGAUUCCAAUGCAGCUACUGGAAAGAAGAGGAAAGGUGGCAACGCCGGUCUGGACUUCCAUGACCCCAACAGAGAAGCCAAGAAGCAGAGCCGAGCCGCCCGUUUCCACAAGCAGCUUCGCUCAGAGCCUCUGAUUCUCUCCAUCAAUUCGUUCGACCUACCUGAUGGAACCCAGGAGAGCCUCAGCUGGGAGGACUGCCCCAUCGUGGGGACAUGCCAGGACGUCACCAAGCCCUACCUGAGGCUCACCUGCGCCCCAGACCCCUCUACUGUGCGCCCCGUACAUGUCCUGCGAAAGUCUCUGCAGGCUGUGAAACUCCACUGGAAAACCCACCAGGAGUACACCUAUGCCUGUGAACAGAUGAAGUCCAUACGACAGGACCUCACGGUCCAAGGAGUUCGUACUGAAUUCACAGUGGAAGUGUACGAGUGUCAUGCACGCAUUGCUCUGGAAAAGGGAGACCAUGAAGAGUUCAACCAGUGCCAGACCCAGCUGAAGGCCCUGUAUAAGGACAACCCGUCGGAGAACAUCGGAGAGUUUACAGCAUAUAGAUUGCUGUAUUACAUCUUCACCAGAAACUCUGGAGAUCUGACCACUGAGUUGGUGUACCUGACGCCGGCCCUGCGGGCUGAUGUGUGUGUGGCUCAUGCUCUCGCACUGCGCGCUGCUUGGGCAUUAGGAAACUAUCGCCGUUUCUUUAAGUUGUACAAGGAAGCCCCGCGUAUGGCUUCAUACCUGAUCGACAAGUUUGUUGAGAGGGAGAGAAAGAUUGCUCUUCGGGCUAUGGUAAAAACGUUCAGGCCCGACCUGCUGGUGCAGUAUGUGCACUCCAAUCUGGGCUUCUCUUGUUUAGACUCCUGUAUGACCUUUCUCGCUGCGCAGGGUGUCACUUUCUACCCCGGUGACCCUGAAAAGAUAGACUGCAAAACCAGCUCAGCCGCUUUGGCUGCCUCUUGAGGGGAUGGGUGGUGUGGGGGGUGGUAACACCAUAAAGGGAGAAGCUAAGGGACCAUAUUGGGGCCUCAGAUAUACAAUGCACUGCACUUGAGACACCUCAGCCUUUUCAGAUAGAGUUGGCAAACUAAAGAAGACCCACAUAGGAAGACACACGAAUACUGUUAGCUUCAGAUUACAGAUGUCUUUAGAGAGGAACUGCUUAAAUUGGAACUCUUAAAUCACUGUCAUUUAAAUAGUGUAGGUGAGCCUAAGGCCCAAGUUAUCGCACUACAUUCAGAAUGCCAGACAAUUGAGUGGGACAUUUAAAUUUGGGAUACACAUCUAGUAUCAGUAAUGGAAGUCAAAAGAACAAAUCAGAGAGCCCCCCCCCAUGAUUCCUGUUCCCUAGCCACCCUCAGAAUUCAAAGCUAACAGUGUUCUGUUAUGUGUUUUCCUUCCUCAAGUCAACAGCUUCAAGACCUGAAGAUUCAAGCCUGCUCAACCAAAAGGGAAAUACAAACGACUGCAUGGCAUUCAUCCCGCUCUCUCCUGUUUGAAUCCAAGUCUACACAUUCAGAUCGACCUUACAUAUUCCUCCUAAAGACUGAGAAAACACGUGAGAGAAGACGCCGGCAGUUUGUCUGAAGGAAGAUGAGGUGGUUUGUAUGUCCUGUCCUGCCCUGGGUUUCCCCAAAGGUAUCUACAGAUGGCUGUGCUUCCUGUUCCUCAUCCCCAUCCUAAGUCCAGGGAGAGCAAUGAACUUAAGUCUUAAGUCUUGUUCCUGAUUUGAAUGAAGUUCUAUUCAUCAAUGAUCCCAGUCAAGAAAUGGCUGGCCAGCUUUUGGGAAAAAGUUUCAGCCUGAUGAGCAUUGACUGUGUGUGAUCAAGGAAUCAGGCAAGUGUUCUCCAUCAAGGUGAUCCUCCGUACCCCCGCAGCUGAGAUCCAUCUCCAGAAUGAAAGCACCUGGAGGCAGAGAGGGAAUCUGCUUCCAUCAUCCUCAAGGAGAUGUCCUGCCAGCACCUGGAAUCCAGCAAACGCCGACCAACCGAAAAGUGAUGAAGCCCCUCUGUCCUCCAUGUUGGCCUACCUAACAUCACUGGCUGCUAAUCAAAAGAAACGGGGGCAGCAAAGCUGCCAUCUUUAAAUAAAGCCAAAGGGAGAUUCUGCGGGCUGAGCUUGGGCGAGAACCCGCAGCUCUUCCUGAGGCAGAACCAUCGAGCGGUUUGUAUGCUACGUCUGUUUGCAAGGCUGGUAAGCUAAAGGGACUUCUGUUGGAGGAGGAUGACGGCACUGCUGAGAUGCCGCCUCACAUUUGUUCUGUUGAAUGUUUUCCGUCCUUUGUUAUGGCAGUAUUGGCCCAGUAAAAUAAUCAUGGAGCAGCAAAGCAGCUUUUUUUAAUUGACAGUUUGAUUUGAGACGAUUGAAUUAAAUAUGAUCCAAUUUGACUAUAUGCCAAAAUGGCUCCAGUUAGAAACGACGUGUGAACCGCACAUUGUGCUAUCUGAGGGGCAUGUGGUCAAGUAUUUAUUAAAGAGUUUAAGUCUGAUGUAGACUUUAAUUUAAUAAUUGAAAUGGUAGUUGUGUGCUGAUUAGUGCUUUACGUCCAUUUUCCAAGUUGACAAGUAAUAAAUACAUUUUUUAAAAAGACUAUUUACCCUCCGUACCGGACAGGACUUCCUUGAAGUGACAGUGAAAAUGUACUGGUAUUUCUGAUGUGAUUUAUGUCCCAUUAGUCUUGAGGUUUGUGCUUUUCAGGACGUAAAAUACUUUGUGUGGUGGAGCACACUAUUUUAUUUUAGAUGGUAAUUGGUAUCAAAAAUGAGGUACAAAUGCAUAUUGGCCAGUAAAUGUAUCCCUUUAGCAAAAACCCACCGCCUCCCAUGUUAAUUUAGUUUGCUUUCCACCACAUGCUAUCAGGGGCCUCGUAGAUAAAAACGGUGUAAAAAUGCGAAGAAAAGAAACGGGUCGUAUUGAUUUGAGUUUGCUUUAUUUGAACAGUAUUAUUUGCCACUGUAGAAAUAUUGAGCCUGAGGAAUUUCAGACUGCGGUGUAACUAACCCGAGCUUAAGUGGAUGCAGGCUUGCUGUACAUGUUUACUUGUCAACAGAGUAUAGUUUUGUAAAUAUUGUAUGAUAUUGCUGUGAUUUACUUUCAACUGGUGCAGAGUGUAGGUUUUUCCCCCUCACACGGGUAAGUGUGAUUCCUUUUUUUUUCUUCUGGGUUUUGCAGAACUCUUCUUUGACCACAUGUGAAUAUGUAAACUUGCAGACAGAUGUGGAUAACGUUGUCAGGAUGUAGAGUCAAUGAUUACUAGUGCUAGAUUUCCCCGGUAAAGCCUGAAAACAUUAACACAGGCAUUGUGGCAAUAUUUAAAGCUCAGUUUGGAGUGAUAGUUGGAUGUUAAAAUGUCCCAUUUUAUUCAGGCAAAAAAAAGCUGUUGCCUCUUUUGUAUCACUUGCCUUUUUUGUGGCAGUAAAGCUUGGCAGGUAGUUCCAUUCAAAGCUGAUGUAUUCUCAGUGAUGAAUGGGGCCGUCACUGCCAAACACCAAAUGUUAAAGCCUUCAAUACAUUUCCAUCAGGUUGACAGAAUGCUCUUGUAAACACUGGACCGUUAUUUGUUUGUCAAACUUCACUGUUGACCAUUUCAGCAAACAUUUUGUAAUGACAACAAUCUCAACAUGUUUUCUUUCUUCCCCCUUCAUUUACCUGAUCCCCUGUCCUCUUCAAUGCUCCCCCCCCUCACCCCCUAAACUCUCCCUCACACACCACCAGCCCUCUCCUCCUUCAGCUCGCAGCACUGCUCACUGCAGGAGCACAUGGAGAGAGGAUAAGUGGGCGAAGCGCCUCCAGACGCCAGGAGAGAGUGAGCAAUCCCAGUCUUGGUUUGACCCACUCAAGUUGAAGCGUCACAGCUGAGGAAAUACAUGGGAGCCUCAUAUGACGAAAUGUUGAUGCUGCUGCUAAUGUAAUUUGCUGCUAACCCAAAUAUUUGAAGUGUUUUUCUGUGCAACAUGAUACCUGUUAAGUUUUAAGGAAACAAUGCCUGAAGAUUUACAAAGCCCCCUUUUUUUACUGUCCAGAUACAUUUAUCUUUUUGAAUAUUUCGCCUACGUGUUUGCUUGUAAAUUACUCAUUUGGUAUUGCUUCUCUGAAAUUCCUUUUUAUUAAUAUAUAUGCGAAUAUUUUUGGCUACAUUUUGCUCACUUAUAGUAAUGUUUAAUCCCUCAAAACAAAUGUGUCUGGACAUUACGAACAUCCUUUUUGAAAUCCCCCCACAGUUAGUAACAGGCAAAGCGUCACAUGACAAGUGCUGGCAUGUCCUCCCAAAAAAAGACUUUGGUUUUGUCUCGUGAAUGACCCUGCCUCAUGGUUGUUUCUUGCAUUGGGUUUGUGUAAACGUAGAUUGUCUUUACACAUGGUUAAUGUAUGCACUUCUCAGGUUUUCAGCAUUGAUACAGUCCAGGAUGUUUAGUUCGCCUUUUUUUUGUUGUAGAAAAUUCCACCCAGUAACUAACAAUUCACAUUUUCAUUUUGGUUUGUUUUUCCUCCCAGAUGCCUGAGUCAUGUUUUCAGUAUUUUUUGCUCCCAUGUUACUGUAUACCUCCCAUCAGUCUUUGUAACUCCUUCCUUGAUAUUAACUGGAAGAUUUUCCCAUGUCCCUCACCUCUGCUGUGUUCAUUUCCUGCCAUUCCCUCUGAAUUACUCUUUUCUCUGUUCUCACUUUCUCUUAAUUCCCUCUCCCUGCAUGCUGUCCUCUCUUAUUCUCUGCUCUAGAACUCUAACCAAUAUGUGUUGUGUUCUCAUUCUUAUCUGUUCCUUUUAUGCUGGUUAUGCUUGUGACCAUUGGCCAUGUGCAAUUAGUCACUCUCACUAGUAAGUAUUGUAUUGCGUCUGCAAUGCUUUGGUAGUUUAUGUUGCGGUUCACUAACAAUUGAAGCUGAAGGUUUCUCUGCAACGCCUCUCCAUUUACAGAUCCAACUUGAACUGCCAUUUUGUAAAUAUUGUGUAUAUAUAUUUUCGAAAAAAUUUAAUAAACUUCAAGUAUAAAUGA